AUGUCCACCCCUUCUCUAAAGCCAUUGGGCGAAAGCCUCGGAACUGAACUCGUCACCAUCCACGUUGGCAAGAAGCGCAAGGAGUUUGUCAUCCACAAGAAACUUAUCUGCGACAAGGUCGAUUACUUUCAGAAAGCCUUCCAGGGAAACUUCCUCGAGAGCAACGGUGCCAUGUACCUCGCUGACGAGACUCCCGGGGCUUUUGCACUGUUCAUUGACUGGCUUUACAAGUCUAACAUUGUCAAACACUACACUCGGACUCACUUCAUCAAUCUUGUCAACCUCUAUAUUCUCUCGGAGAAGAUCUGCCUCAACGACUUGGGUAAUCGUGCGAUGGACAGAAUCAGAGAGAUCAUGUAUGACAAUGAAUACCUCACCCCCACACCAGCACUGGUAUGCUACAUCUACGACAAAACACCCCAAGGCUCUCCCAUUAGAGACUGGUCUGUGCGAAGCCUGGCAUACGAUAUGUGGGUUGUUACAAGGAGAAUUCUACCGGACAAGGAAGACCUGCAGGAGCUCUCAAAGUACUUGCGGCACAACGGUGAGGUAUUUGUGGACUUCUUUGCAUACCUCGGCAAUCUAUCAGAGUCGUCUCGUGAUAAUGUACCACUGCCGAAUCUGGAGCCGCUGUCUGAAAAACCCAAUCGAAGCUGCGUGUUCCAUAGGCACGCUGAGGGGGAAAAGAGUUACUUCGAAACUGUGGAAAGAUUGCCUGUCUCAGAUUGGAAUAUAGAUGCUGUGAACCGCGAGGAUACUGGGGAUGAGUUCAUUACGAUGACGUCAGAUUGGUCGACUGAAUCCAUACACAGUGGAGCGUUUGCCAUGCCUCUCAUGAAAUGUGUGGAUGAUAGUAGCGAAGGUAAUGACGUCCAUCUUGGGAUAUAG